AUGCACCGAUAUACAGCUGGCACGCCGUGCCCUCAGCCAAACCUAUCCUUCUCGGGCAGCCAUUAUAACGAUUAUGGACGCGGCUCGUCUGUUUACGCGCCGAGCUAUACAACAGACGAAACGACUGCGAAUAUCGAGUACACUACAGAGCUACAGGUGAACCCACGCCAGGCCAGACCGCGACGACCUGUGCGCAACAUGCGCGACAUACGCAAGCCCACGUUCAACCCGUCGCUUGAUAUAUUUGAGGAUGUUGCCCAGGAGGACGAGCAACAACAGACAGAAUAUGAGAUGAAGAGGCGGAGUCGCGCCUCCAUCAUGCCAGAAGGCGCGAGGGCCAAGCGGAGCACCAUACUUGCACAUCCUGCACAGAAGAUACCUAAAGCUGCGCCGCCGGUUCAGGAUCCGCAGCUUGAUAGGCCGCAUCGAAGACGCGUUUCACACAUGCUUUCAGAUAGGCCUGGGAUGGAUCCCAACCCGACUGUGCAGCUACGAGAGGAGUUGCUGGAGAAGAAAGAGCCCAGGAAGCAGGGUGUUAAGAAAGAUCUGCGUCGAAGGACUAUCUACAUCCCAUCUGACGACACAACGGUCAUGACGAUCCAUCCUGGACAGUCCACACAUGGGCCGCGCAACCCUCGGGAGAACUCGCCAGACAUCGGUCUCGACCUGGUAACGCUGUCGGAAGAGGAGGGGAACAAUCUACUACCAGCCUUAAAGAGGGAGAACAAGGUGCCACGGAAAUCGCUCGCUGGUCCACCGAAGCGUGGGCCAUUGAGUUCGACAACGCGCUCGUUGCAAAGCGUCUCCUUUUCGAGCGAUGUCAUGGGUUCAGGCAGUGGAAAGGAGAACUUCCCACCCGGAAUGGAGAUUGUGCAGAGCAAGACCAACGGCACGCACAUCGAAAUCAACUUCAACAAGGCAGAGGUGAAGAAGGCCACUACAAAGCCUUCAAAGGUUCAUUUCAACGCGCCCAAGGACUCCGAAAGGAUAUCGCAAGUGAAGAAGAGACCAGAGGGUACCCAAAAGCGACUACGCCCACAAAUCACCCACGAUGAUCCCCCGGCCAAGGCGAUCAAAUCCAGAGCAGAUGGCACAGCGUCCAUGGCAAGCAGCAGAGCAUCACUGAGGACGACCAUCAAAACUGCAAGAGCAAAGACUUUGAAGGCGAACCGCGCACCGCUCUCGUCCUCACCAUUCCACACCGACAAGUCUCCGCCUACCGCAUUGCGCCGCCAGAGAGCUGAACACGCACCAGCCAGUAUCACCAUGAUGCAUAUUGUAGGCAAGCAACCGCAGCCGCAAGAAAAGUACCCAGUGCUGAAGGAAGAUCUGGCUCAACCCGAGCUGUAUGAGGAUAACUGGCUUACCUAUCAAGAAGUCGCCAUUACACAGCUUUUAAACUCGGUGUUUGACUCAACGAACAAGGACCCGGGUGAUGAGCAGAGUCCGGAAGACUUGCGCAAGAAGAUGCUUGCACUUUACCAUGAUCCAUCCACGCCAUUAUUGCACAAGCGCCUACAAGCCUCCUUACAGUACGGUGCACUGAGUAUACCAAAGGACCUACUCGCUCAGACUCUACGUCUGAAGGAUGAUGUCGGCCUGCGCAAGAAGUUUCUCUCUUUGUGGACCAAGUCAUAUGAUUUGAAUGCGCUCAGAGCCGCAGCUGAGACGAUCGUCGGACGCCAGAUUAACACUCCAUGUCGAUUAUCUACUGGCUCGACCAGUUCUGACGAUGGCUCUCGCAUGUACCGCGCAGAGCGACGAGCAAUCGAGAGUUUCCUGGAUAUCUUCCUGAUCAAGAACGAGGAUGCGGUUCGCGUCAAGUCAGGAAGCGGCAGCAUUGCCAGCAUCACACGUGGCGAUGAUGACUUUGGUUCCCAAGGGUGGUCAUGGAGACGUACCACAUUGCGGAGUUUAAUGCUCGUUCUCUUACUCGACAAGGCAAAGAAGACAGAUAACCUGUCCGGCUGUCUUUUCCAAACGACUUCCUCUUACAAGACAUCUGUUGAAGUCUUACACCAACUAUCGAACGUGUUGCUGCCUUCGCUUGGGGAUAUCACUCGCCCUCUCGGGCAUCUUAACUACAAAGUUGAGCAUGUUCAGUACCCGCUGCAGGAGUACACGUAUCACAUCGACAACAUUGCUAUUGAUCUCCGUGAUGGCAUAAUGUUUACGCGGCUUGUGGAAUUAUUACUUUACCCAGCAUCCACACUCGGUGUACAACAAGAGACUUUGACCAUUACAAUGCCAUCUGGCAAGCUACUUACAAGUUCAUUCGGCCUCAAACAACAGGACAGUUGGGUUUUGUCGCAGCAUCUCAAGUUCCCGGCUAUCGGUCGUCCCCAGAAAGUCUACAACGUACAGCUUGCUCUUUCAGCGUUACAUGGUGUACGCGGUAUCCCUCUUCAAGCAGUCGGUGGCAUUAAAGCCGAAGACAUUGUCGACGGACACCGUGAAAAGACGCUCAGUCUGCUCUGGUCGCUCGUUGGUAAAUGCGGCCUUGGAAACCUCGUGGAUUGGCCGCAAAUCGUAAGAGAGACGGAUCGAUUCAGAGAGCAUUGGUACCGCAGCCGCGACAACUUUGAAGGGCGGGACCUCGACUCUGAUGACGAUGAAGCGACUACAGAGCUUGACGGUCUAGCGUAUCACAGACGCCUCCUGCUUUCCUGGUCUCGCUCAAUCGUUCGCCUUCACGGUCUGCGCAUCUCAAACCUGACAACUAGCUUUGCGGAUCCGAAGGUCUUAGAAGUCAUCGUGGACACGUACCUGCCGUCAGCUCUCAUCACUACGACGGACAACGGAAGACUGGGCUUAGCAGCGAAAUUGAAAGCAGUCGGCUGCUCGACAUCCUUUAUCACCCUCUUCACACCUCUUCACAGUUCCGCACGUUCGAUACCUUCUAGGGACUUUACAUUGCUCACGCUCUCCUUCCUCGCUUCGCGCCUGCUUCCACUAUCUCUGACGCAUCGCGCAGCAUCUACGAUCCAGCGAGCCUUCCGCCGACAUAUCCUGCGUCGUGAGACAAGACAUCGCAUCAUGACAAUGAAGUUAGCGCACGAGUGCGCCGUGGUUGCACAGACACGUCAACACCUUGUAGAUGCUGCCACGGUAAUACAACGACGAUGGAAAAGCAUUUUGGAUGCCCGACGAUCGCAGCUCGAGAGCGACAUUCUAGCAUUCCAAGCGCUUGCAAGGGGGUGGGCCAUUCGACGAUGGGUUCGACGGAUAACAGCAGGAAGGAUCGGUGGGAAGGAGAAGGUCAGACGUGUAAGAGGCGGUUGGUAG